AUGCCUACUUCACUUGUCAGCGGUCCUUUCCUCUCCCUUCGCCACACUCCCUCGUACGUUCGCCCGGGCGAGGGUGAGGGGUACAAUGGCCAUUCGGACAGUGUGCCGCCCUCGCACCGGCCAUCCGUCUCUUCGGCGCCCUUCUCUUCUUUGAAGUCAGGGCCGCCCAGCGUUUCUCACGACUACACGCACGUCCGUCCGCCUUGGGAGAGCCCUUCCAAUGGGUCCAAUGGCGCGGCGCAUUACAGCUCGGACGACGAUUUCCUCAAGCUGGGCCACCCCCAGCAGGACCUUCUCCUCCUCCAUGGCCCGCGCCAGAAGCACGCGCUCGAAAAAUCGAAAGAAAUCCCGCCGCUCAAGAGCGACGACGAGCUCCUUAUCCAAGUUCUUGCCAUUGGCUUGAACACAGUCGAUUGGAAGGGUCCCGACGACGGCUUCGGACAACCAUCAUAUCCGUGGGUCAAUGGCAGGGACUUUGCCGGCUUGGUUGUUCGCGCGCCGCGCAAACCGAGCCGAGUGCAGGCGGGCGACGUCGUCUUUGGCCCCUCGACGGAUUACAGAGACAUUCGCAAGGCGGCGUUCCAGGAGUACGUCGUGACGACCGACUACAACGUUGCUAGGAUACCCAAGGACGUGUCGGUGAGAACAGGUGCCGCAAUUGGUGUCUCGUUCGUCGCUGCUGCCCUUGGUCUCGGUACCUCGCUCGGUGUCGACUUCAGCUCUCUCGCUGUAGCCGCUCCUCUGGGCCCCGACCUGUAUCAAUUGGUGCGCUCUAUUGACCGCCACCAAUUCCCGGAAGAUGUUCGCGCAGAGGUGUUUGACAGCAUUCCCGCUGACGAACGGCCAGUCCGCGGGGAUUGGCUCGUGAUUUGGGGAGGCUCUUCAACCACGGGCAUCAUCGCGCUCCAGCUUGCCAAGCUGGCAGGGCUCCGGGUCAUUGCGGUGGCCGAUGUGGCCAGGAACGGAAAGCGUCUGAUCGAUUUCGGAGCCGACAUGCUCGUGGACAGGUUCGACCACCAGCGUGCCAUCGACGUGAUCCGCAGCAUUACCGGCAACCAGCUGCGCUUCGCCAUAGACGUGACCGGGCGGGAGUCGGCUACGCACCUGCAGGACAUGCUGCACACUUCGGCGGCUGAGAAGCGUGCUCACUUGCUCGGCUAUGCCGGCCUCCCCAAGAACAAGGUCAUCGACGUGCAGCAGCACAUUGUGCCCAUCAAGAUCUUCCACGCGGCAUCUGCCAUUGGCGAAGCUCUCAUGACUUGGGCUGAGGAGCUCUUGGUCGCCAGGACCUUGAAGUUCCCCGAGAUCGAGGUGGCUGACGGAGGUCUUAACGGCAUCAACGCUGCCCUCGACCGGAUGAGGAGUGGUGAACUCACGGGCAAGCGUAUCAUCCUUCCCGUCACCGAGACCGAUGCCCCGAGCGGCCCCCCUUCGAUCCCACCAAGCAUCCCCAACGGCAUCAGCGUUGCAAGCGUAGCCCCGGAACCCCCUGCUGCCGACGACUUCGCGUACGUCAACCAGCUCAACUCAGACCCCAACCGCCUCCAAUUCGCGUACUGGGUGCCCAACGUCUCGGGCGGCCUCGUCAUCUCGAAGAUCCCGCAGCGCACCAGCUGGGACCUCAAGUCGAACAAGCGGUACGCGCAGACAGCCGAACGCGUCGGCUUCGAAUACGCCCUCAGCCAGAUCCGCUUCAUGGCCGGCUACGGCGCCGAGAACCAGCACGAGCCCGUCACCUUCUCGCAAGCCCUCCUCCACAGCACCGAGCGCCUCAAGCUCAUCGUCGCCCUGCUUCCCGGUCCCUGGAACCCUGCCAUCGCGGCCAAGCAGAUCGCGUCCAUCGACAACUACACCGACGGCCGCGUCGCCGUCAACGUCGUGUCCGGAUGGUUCAAAGCAGAGUUCCACGCCAUCGGCCAGUGGUGGCUCGACCACGCCGAGCGCUACCGGCGGUCCCGCGAGUUCAUCGAGUGCCUCCGCGGCAUCUGGACGCAGAAGAGCUUCACGUACAAGGGCGACUUUUACCAGUUCAACGACUACCCCUUGCAGCCCAAGCCGCUCGCCUGGCCCGGCCGCCCCCACCCGGAGAUCUUCCAGGGCGGCAACAGCGUCGACGCCCGCGACAACGCUGCCGCCGUCUCCGACGUCUACUUCAUGAACGGCAACACGCUGGAAGCCUUCAUCGCGCAGAUCGAAGACGUGAAAGAGCGCGCGCGCAGGAAUGGGCGUGAAGGGCAGGUGCGCUUCGCCCUCAACGGCUUCGUCAUCGUGCGCGACACCGAGGCCGAGGCCGUCCGCGUGCUGCGCGAGAUCCAGGGCCGCGCUGACCCCGAGGCCGUCGAGGGCUUCCGCCAGCAGGUGCGGAAUGCGGGCGCGUCGGCGCAGGAUGGUCGUGGCAUGUGGGCCGACUCGUCGUUCGACGACCUCGUGCAGUAUAACGACGGGUUCAAGACGAAGCUGAUCGGCACCAAGGAGCAGGUUGCGGAUCGCAUCUUGCUGCUGAAGAGCAUCGGUGUCGAUAUCUUGUUGACGGCUUUCCUGCACUAUGAGGAUGAGAUUAAGGCGUUUGGCGAGACGGUCAUUCCGCUUGUGAGGAGGCUGGAGAGGGAGGGGAGGGGCAGGGAUAAGGAUUUGGAGAUUAGGUUGACUGGGGAUGUUUAUCGGGAGAGGAAGUACUGA